GGGGCCGGGGCCAGCGCGGAGGGGUCGGGCCGGGGCGGCCGUCUGGGGGCGUGUCCGGGGCGGAGCUAGACCGCGCGCAGGACUGAAGCCUGAGUGGACUGCUGGAGAGCGGGCUUGCUGCUGGGAUCCGGGGCGGCAGCCGCCAUGAGCACGGUGGACCUUGCCCGCGUGGGCGCGUGUGUGCUGAAGCACGCGGUGACCGGGGAGGCCGUGGAGCUGCGGAGCCUGUGGCAGGAGCAGGCGUGCGUGGUGGCCGGCCUGCGGCGCUUCGGCUGCAUGGUGUGUCGCUGGAUCGCCCGGGACCUCAGCAGCCUGAAGGGGCUCCUGGACCAGCACGGCGUGCGCCUGGUGGGCGUGGGGCCCGAGGCCCUGGGCCUGCAGGAGUUCCUGGACGGUGGCUACUUCGCGGGAGAGCUCUACCUGGAUGAGAGCAAGCAGUUUUACAAGGAGCUGGGCUUCAAGCGGUACAACAGCUUGAGCAUUCUGCCGGCCGCCCUGGGGAAGCCUGUUCGUGACGUGGCCGCCAAGGCCAAGGCUGUCGGCAUCCAGGGGAAUCUCUCCGGGGAUCUGCUGCAGAGCGGAGGGCUGCUGGUGGUGGCCAGAGGUGGUGACAAAGUGCUGCUACACUUUGUCCAGAAGUCUCCAGGUGACUACGCCCCCCAGGAGAGCAUCCUGCAGGCCCUGGGCAUCUCUGCGGAGGUCUGUACCAGUGAGCCGCCCAAGUGUGAUGAGGAGGCGUGCUCAAGGUGAAGGCCCCGUGUCUCCAAGGAUCUGGGCUGCGUCUCUUGCCCUGGGCACACUGGGAGUUGGAUGUGAACGAAUUCCAGAAUCUCUGGGCUGGGGCUGAACUCUGCCUGGUCUGCAGGCAGCGAUGAGCAUUAAACUGCAGUUUCUGGA